AGUAUUGAAAAGACUUUCGUUCAUACUACUUCAAAAAGUACUUUAUAAAAAUAUAUCGCAACAAAAUUUUUAAAAAGAAAAUUUGACAAAUACGCAGUUUUUAUUAAAAUUAAAGUCAUGGUUAAUGAAACUAACAAACCCCAAGAAGCUCUAGAAAAUGAGCAAUUGGGACAACGUCUGGCCGCUUCCAAUCAAGCUCUGGCCGAUAUGCAAGCUGAACAUCGUCAGCUGCUCGAGGAAAUGGAGCAGUUGCGCAAAAGGGCUGAAGAUUUGCAGCGUCUCCGAGAGCAACAAGAACGUGAGGAUGAGGAAAGGAGGCUGCAGUAUCAACAGAGUAUUGCCGAAGCUGCAGAAAGUUUGGAAACUCUAGAAUCUUUACAAAAUACUUCUGUAGAAACCACUGAGGAAAAUAGCGAGGAAGCCACAGCAGAAGAUGCUGAAUAUAUUAAAGAGAAAUUAGAGGAAAUUGCGCGUUUGAAGGCUCAAUUCAAAAGAGUCCAACACAUGAUCAAUACUACCGAAUUAAUCGAGAAUCAUAUAAGUAAACAUGAAGCGGCAGAAAAGACCACCCCAGAACCAACAACGAAACCUAAACCAGCUGCAAAACCAGCAACUGCUGCUACGGCUGCAGUAACAACACCAGCUACUUUACCCCUAGCAGCUACGAUACAACUACCCACACCCAUAGAGCUUCCAACUAUGCCAGAAAUGCCUACCAUGGCCGAUUUAGAGGCCGCCACCACAUCUGAUGAAAAGGAGCAACUUAUUUUAACCAUGUUGAAUAUGUUUCAGGAUUUCUCUACGGAUUUAAGAUCUCAGGCGGAUAACUUAAGGGCUGAACGUCAACGUAUAAAAGAACUGAAGGAAAGUAUUAUACGCUCCAGAAAAGAACCACCCAAAUAAGAUCGAAAUUAACUAUGAAAAUCAAGAAAUUUUAGGUUAUGUAUAAAAAGUUUUAUUUUCAAUAAAAAUGUAUACAAUUAUUAUAAAAUAAUCAAUGAAAUUAAACAUA